AUGGCUCGGGCAGAAGAAAGGGGGUCGUCCCAAGAUAUGCUGACAUGUACCAUGGUCACUGUCUUUUGCGACAUUUUUGCCCACUCUUUGAUUGCACUCAGUGAUGAUAAAUUCCUCAUUCAAUACACAAACGUCAAGGAUCUUGAUGGCGAUGCCAAAAAGAAAAAGGUUGUCAUGGCGGAACGCGUCAUUGAGUAUCUUCGAGACUUGCUGUAUGAGGUCUACUGGUCCAAACCGGUAUUGUUGGACGAUGUCAAACUGGCUUCAUCCAGCACUAUCUUGUCGUCGGACGAAGAUGCACUACGAUGCAUGCGGGCUCGAUUCCUCUUGUCUGGAACCAAACUGUGGGGAUCCUUGUAUGAACGAUGGUGUCGUUUGGUUCGGUCAAUUCCAUUUUGCGAUGAGUCUGCCUGGUGGUUUCCUCAUUUGGCUUCCCAGGAAGGCGGGAAUGCCGUUGUCAACGCAGCUGCCCAGCGAAGUGCAGGCGGAGACCCGAAUGGCUUGAUGGACAUGGAUGUUGACGAGGAGAGCGAAGACGAAGAAGAUGGAAUGGAUGAGAGCCAGACGGAUGACGACAACGCGGCAAAUCAGGGAAUGAGUACGGCGGAUGCGGAAAGUGAUGCAUUGGCAAACGCCUUUCGUGAUCCCAAGAUGGCUCGCGUCUUGACCUGCAUCCCACAGGCGCUUCCGUUUGAACGUCGAGUGCGUCUGUUCGAUUCGCUUCUGACAGCGGACAAGCUCAAGACCCAAGAUGAGAAUGCUGAAUUCCGAAUGGCAAUGCUCAGCAUGAUGCGAGGAGAGGAAAACGUCGUGAGUGGUGGCCGCGAGAGAGUGGAAAUUAGACGGGACAAACUGUACGAUGACUCGAUGCGACAAUUGAACCAGCUUGGGUCCAAAUUGAAGAAAAAAGUCCAAGUUUCCUUUGUCAACCAACACGGAACGCAAGAAGCUGGAAUCGAUGGUGGCGGUGUCUUCAAGGAAUUUCUUGAUGAUUUGAUCAAGGAUGCUUUCUCUAAAGGCACCAGCGCUUCGGGGAUCCCUCGACUCUUUACGGUUACUCCGCUGGAAACAUUGAAGGUCAAUUCGGCGCUAACACAGGACGGUGCAGCCCUUCCACAUUACGAAUUCCUGGGGCGGGUGCUUGGAAAAGCUGUGUAUGAAUCCAUAUUGGUUGACCCGCAAUUCUCGCUACCGUUUCUGAAUCAGUUGUUGGGCAAACGCAACUCAUUGGAGGACCUAAAGAACGAUGAUUUUCAGUACUAUACGAAUCUGACAAAGCUGCUCACGCUGAAGGAAAAUGAGAUUGAAGAGCUGGGGCUGACAUUUGAGAUAACGCUUGGUGACGGUUCAUCCAUGCGAACUGUCGAGUUGCUACCAGGGGGUCGAUCCAAGGCCGUCACAAAGGCAAAUGUCAUCCAAUAUGUUCAUCUAGUUUCACAUCAACGUCUGAAUGUUGAGGCAGCUGUUCAAACCAAGUCCUUUCUCAAUGGGUUUCGAGACUUGAUUCCUGCAUCGUGGGUUCGGCUGUUCUCGGCCUACGAGCUGCAGAAGCUCAUCAGUGGGGAUGAUUCGCUACGCGGCUUUGAUGUGGCGAGUUUGAAGCGUUCAAUGCAGUACGCCGCGGGGUAUCAUCUAUCACAGCCAGUAAUGCAGUGGUUCUGGGAGGUGCUUGAGGACUUUACGCCGGAGCAGCAACGAAAGUUUCUCAGAUUCAUGACUUCAUGUUCACGACAGCCAUUGUUGGGUUUCAGUUCCCUGGACCCGCCACCAUGUGUGCAGCAGAUUCGACUUCCGGACCAAGUCUUUGAGGACGACCUUGCUGUAGUGGCAAAGAACGUCCCACUCCCCACUAGUUCGACUUGCAUGAACCUACUGAAACUUCCCAACUACAGAAACAAGGAGUUGCUUCGAAAGAAGCUGUUGGAUGCGGUCGAGUCGGGCGCCGGUUUCGAACUUACCUAG